AUGUAUGAUCCAGAUUAUUUUCAAGGGAGAGCAAUUCUUGCACCAACUAAUGAAUGCGUCGAGUCUGUGAACGAUCACUUAAUGUCUCUCCUUCCAGGAAAAGAGAAGGUGUACCUGAGCUCAGAUAGUAUGUGUAGGGACGAGCAAACAAUGGAGGAUAAUGCAGAAAUUUAUUCGACUGAAUUCUUCAACACAAUAAGAUGCUCCGGACUUCGUUCUCAUGCGUUGAAGUUCAAGAGAAGACAGUUUCCGUUGAUUGUUUCUUUUGCAAUGACAAUCAAUAAAAGCCAAGGUCAAACUCUUUCGCAUGUUGGUUUGUAUCUUCCUAGGCAUGUCUUCAGCCAUGAUCAACUAUAUGUUGCACUGUCAAGAGUUACGAGCAGAGGUGGCAUUAAGAUAUUCAUCAAGUCGGAUUCGGGUGAAUUCACCGAUGUUACUAGAAAUGUCGUGUACAAGGAAGUAUUUCAUCGAAUUUGA